ACGGUCGCUACUGGCAUAUGUCGAGGUAUUUAGCCGGAGAGGAAGCUCAGUGUUUUAUUAAUCGCAGACUGUAAUUCAAUUAAAAUGAAGCGAGUGGCGAUUAUUGGAGCAGGGUGUAGCGGCCUUACCGCCAUCAAGUGCUGCUUGGAUGAGGGCAUGGAACCCGUGUGUUUUGAGAGGGAAGCUGACAUCGGGGGGCUCUGGAAUUACAGCGACAACCCAACGAUCGGCAAGGGGAGCGUGUACAGGAACUGUGUCAUCAACACCAGCAAAGAGAUGAUGGCCUUUAGCGAUUUCCCACCCCCAGAAGAGUUUCCGACCUUCAUGCCUCACAAAUAUGUCCUGAAGUACUUCCGAAUGUACGCGGACAACUUCGCUUUAUUAAAGUACAUCCGAUUUCAGACUUCGGUCACCAAGGUGGUUCCAGCCGAGGACUACGAAGACACUGGGCGGUGGAGGGUCACUUUCACCGCCGGGCCGGGAGAACCUACCACGGACACUUUUGACGGGGUCUUAAUUUGUACCGGUCACCACACCUACCCGCAUCUCCCUAAAUUCAGGGGUCUAGAGAACUUUACGGGGACAAACAUGCACUCACACAGUUACAGAGACAACAAAGAAUUCGAAGGAAAGAGAGUCCUGGUGGUCGGAAUCGGUAAUUCGGGUGUAGACAUCGCAGUAGACCUCAGUCACACCGCCUCACAGGUUUACUUGAGUACGAGACGUGGGGCCUGGGUGGUCAGCAGGAAGGGGUUCUGGGGAUACCCGGCCGACGCCAUUGCUAACAGCCGCUUCCUGUUCACGUUACCCAAGUCCGUGCUACAGUGGAGCGUGGAGAAGAUGUGCAGCUUUAACUUUGACCACGAGGCCUACGGCGUGAAACCGUCUCAAAGGUGUUUUGAGACACACCCCACAAUUAACGACGAGCUUCCGUUCCGGAUCAUGAUGGGAGCCGUGCAGGUCCGGCCGGACGUUCACGAAUUCACGGACUCUUCCGUCAGCUUCGUGGACGGAACGACGGAACAGAUAGAUGCCGUAGUGUUUGCCACGGGUUACGAAUAUAAAAUCCACUUCCUGGACGACUCCGUAACGAAGAUUGAGGAUAACAGGACCUGUUUGUACAAGUAUAUGUUCCCGCCUCAUCUGGAACAUCCGACACUAGGAAUUGUGGGAAUGGUUCAAGCCAUCGGAGCCAUAAUGCCAAUCUCUGAAAUUCAAUGUAGAUGGUACACACGGCUUAUUACCGGCCAAUGCAAGUUACCGUCUUACUCUGAAAUGAUAAACGACAUCGAAGACAAACGCGAUUGGAUGAAUUCAACCUACGUAUCCUCUCGAAGGCACACCUUGCAGACGUUUUGGAUAGACUAUAUGGAUCAAAUCGCAGAGAAAAUCGGAGCCCGGCCAAACCUUGUGAAACUUUUCGUGGAAGAUCCGUACCUAGCCGCUCGCUGUUACUUCGGACCGUGUCUUCCAAGCCAGUACCGGCUAGAUGGUCCGGGAAAAUGGAACGGUGCCAAGCGCAGUAUCCAGGGCGCCAUCUCGCGGUGCAUGAAGCCGUCACACAAAGGCAUACAACCCGUUAACGUAGUUAGAUCCAAAACCAGACGACUUAGCAUAGAAAUCCAGGUCCCCAGCUUCAUCAAGCCGUACUUCGUUGUCUUUGUUCUCUGUUUUCUUUUCAUAUGUGUUCUUUUUGUAUAAAGCGAGUAAAACUCGUGAUUUUUAAUUGUUUUAGUACUGUUGUUUGAUUGAUGUUGUGUUAUCAACUUACUGGCAUUAUUAUAUGUUGUGUCUCUGUAUAAUUGGUGCAAGAACCUUCACUGUGAUAUUCAGUUUGAACUCGAUGUUUUAAGGUGAACAUUGCUUUGUUCAUCACGAUUUGUGUUUAAGGUGAACAUUGCUUUGUUCAUCACGAUUUGUGUUUAAGGUGAACAUUGCUUUGUUUAUCAUAAUUUGUGUUUAAGGUGAACAUUGCUUUGUUCAUCACGAUUUGUGUUUAAGGUGAACAUUGCUUUGUUCAUCACGAUUUGUGUUUAAGGUGAACAUUGCUUUGUGUUUAAGGUGAACAUUGCUUUGUUCAUCACGAUUUGUGUUUAAGGUGAACAUUGCUUUGUUCAUCACGAUUUGUGUUUAAGGUGAACAUUGCUUUGCUCAUCACGAUUUAUGUUUAAGGUGAACAUUGCUUUGUGUUUAAGGUGAACAUUGCUUUGUUCAUCACGAUUUAUGUUUAAGGUGAACAUUGCUUUGUGUUUAAGGUGAACAUUGCUUUGUUCAUCACGAUUUAUGUUUAAGGUGAACAUUGCUUUGUGUUUAAGGUGAACAUUGCUUUGCUCAUCACGAUUUGUGUUUAAGGUGAACAUUGCUUUGUUCAUCACGAUUUGUGAGUUGGAUGUGACGUGCCAAACCUCAGGGUGAGUCUCGCCCGUAUAAAUGACUGAGCACUUGUGAUUUUGUAGUUAUGUACGAAUGUAAUUCGUGAAAUAAGAUGUGCCAUGUCCUGAAUGCAAUUUGAAAUAAAUUGUUUGUAAACUAAAA